ACGCGCGGAGGAGAGACCGAGGUGGCCGGGGAGUCUUGGCGGGUCCUGGUGGAGCUUCCCGGGCCUGGUGGAGACCCCCGAGACCCUCGAGGGGCGACAUGGGACGGAUCACAGAAGAUCUCAUUAGACGGAAUGCCGAGCACAAUGACUGUGUAAUUUUUUCCCUGGAGGAACUCUCCCUGCAUCAGCAAGAAAUAGAAAGACUAGAGCAUAUUGACAAGUGGUGCCGGGAUUUAAAAAUCCUCUAUCUUCAAAAUAACCUCAUCGGAAAAAUUGAAAAUGUUAGCAAACUCAAGAAACUUGAAUAUUUGAAUUUAGCUUUAAACAACAUUGAAAAAAUUGAAAACCUGGAAGGCUGUGAAGGGCUGACAAAGCUAGACUUGACGGUGAAUUUCAUCGGAGAGCUGAGCAGUGUUAAAACCCUUCAAGGCAACAUCCACCUGAAGGAGCUCUUCCUCAUGGGAAACCCCUGUGCUGACUUUGACGGCUACAGACAGUUCGUGGUGGCAACUCUUCAGCAGCUAAAGUGGUUGGAUGGUAAAGAAAUCGAGCGUUCAGAAAGGAUUCAGGCAUCACAGAACUUCCCAGUAAUUGAACAACAAAUCAGAGAGCAGGAGAAAGCUUACUGUCUUAAGCGAGCCAAGGACAAGGAAGAGGCUCAGAGGAAACUGAAGGAGGAGGAAAGCAAAGGCGAGACUGGGAGAAUUCACACAGGCUCUGACGGACACUGGCACGUGGACAUCAGUGCUCCCCUUCCAUCUUCUGAAGAGAGUAAAGACUACAUCCAGGCACCAGAGAUACAAGAAAGGCAAUGUAAGGGGAAGGAAUUAGAUGACAGAGAAGACGACCUGGAAUUCUGGAAUAAGCCCUGUUUGUACACUCCUGAAUCUAGAUUGGAAACUCUGAGACAUAUGGAAAAACAGCGGAGAGACCAAGAAAGAUUAAGUGAAAAGAAGAAGAAAGUGAAGCCACCCAGGAUGUUGGUCACCGAGGACGGGAGGGCCCUGAACGUGAAUGAACCCAAACUUGACUUCACUUUGAAAGAUGAUGAAAAGCAUAACCAGAUCGUCCUGGACUUGGCCGUGUAUAGGUAUAUGGACACCUCUUUAAUCGAUGUUGAUGUACAGCCAACUUACGUGCGAGUGAUGGUCAAGGGAAAGCCAUUUCAGCUCGUCCUCCCUGCAGAAGUCAGACCUGACAGCAGUUUUGCUAAAAGAUCUCAGACCACAGGGCACCUGGUUGUCUGCAUGCCCAAGGUGGGCGAAGUAAUCAUAGGCUGUCAACGAACAUCAAAGCCCGUGAAAAGCACGCCGGACAGCAGCAGAGAGCAGACAAGCAAGAGAAGCCAGCAAAUGGAGAAACUAGAAGUAGACCCCAGCAAGCGUUCCAUCCCUGAUGUGGCCAACAUAGUUCAGGAGAAAACACACAUGCCCAGAAGAGUUCGCCCUGAACCCAAAAUUAUACCAAGUGAGGAAGAUCCCGACUUUGAAGAUAAUCCCGAAGUGCCUCCUUUGAUUUGAAAUCUCAGGCCUUACUGCCUGUGACCUGCAAGACCCAGAUUUGCUCCAUAAAGAGAGAGUGUGUGUGUUAUUUACGGGGUAGACACAGUUAUUUUCAGUAUUACUACUCCAAUGCAUUAGCUUCUACUUAGUACAUUAAUAUUCUAAAACCAGUUUACAAUUAAAACAUGUACCUU